AUGUCGUCGUCUUCUUCUCAUGAUGGAAGGCACCAAUCCUCUCCUUUCGGACAUCCGGUGUUGGACAAGCUUACACGGGAUAACUUUGUCCUGUGGAAAACUCAGUUCCUGCCUGCUGUUCGAGGCGCCAAGGCGCUUGGGAUCCUGGAUGGAACUAUCCCCGAGCCGCGACAAGUACUUGAAGCUGAAGUCGACGGCAAGAAGAAGGAAAUUCCCAACCCAGAGCAUGACUCAUGGGUGGAAAAAGAUCACACGACUACUCUCGGCACGGUGAAUUCGGUCUCCAAGGAGGUCCGGCGAGCCGGGAGACCGAAUUCACCGUGUAGCAAAGGUUGUUGCAGUCGUGAUGCCGGCGAGGACCUCCUUGGAGACCGAAUUCACCAGGCGUUAGGGGCUAUGUUUGCAGGACAAUCAAGAGCGCGGAUUACAAAUCUGCGCAUGCAAUUGACCACCACCAAGAAGGGCAGUCUUACCACGUCAGACUAUUUCAACAAGAUGCAAAACAUCAAGGAUGAGCUCGCGUUAGCCGGCGUCGUCAUCAACGAUGAUGAGGUGGUUGCUCACCUACUUAAUGGUUUAGAUUAUGAUUAUCACCCCUUUGUUUCCUCUAUGAUGGGCCGGUCAGGAGACCUUUCACUUUCUGAAUUAUAUUCAUUACUUAUGGAGUACGAUCUUCGGCUCGAGAUGUAUCAAGGAACCGAUCAAUUUCAGUCUUCAGCUAAUAUGGCAUCCCGUGGUCGUGGAAGCCGUAGUCGCUCUGGUGGUCGACGUGGAGGUCGAUCCAAUUCAGGGCGUAAUGGACAAAACAGUAAUCAGAAUUUCACCAGUAAUACUCAAGGCAAUAGCUCGCAAGGCACAAAGAAGGAGGAUGAUUACAAUGGUGUGGACAAGGAGGGCUCCCGCGCUGAGAUACCGCUGGUCGCUGAUGCAAUAUAUCGACACAUACAGAAGCAUCUGAGCAGCAGGUUCUUGGUGAUCUUCAACAACGGGAGUUGCAACGAAAUAGAUCUUGAAAGCUUCGGCUUCCCUCUGUCAGGAUACUCAAGGAACAAAGCGCUGUGGUCAUUCCAAGGAGGGUUCCGGCUCUACCCUAGGACGGCUGUCAAUAAUGCCCUGGAGAGCAUGAAGAUGACAGAUGUUUUUCUCUCAGCAGCCUCUGACCCUGACCCUGCAGUUAGUGGCUUUAACUUGUCCAGCAUUUUGCACCAUGAGGCUGCAGAAAUUGCACGCAAGAUCAAUAUUGGCGGCAUCAACUGGCCUGCAGCAGCAACCGAUUGCUUCUUGUACAUGGUGAAGCUUUGCCGCAUGGGCAGUCACUUGAUGGACUAUGAUUUGGCUACCCAUAGCUGCAACUAUUGGAAAUGCGAUGACGUCAUACAGCUACAACAUGGCACUGAUGAUGAUGAUGAUGAUGAUGGUAGAGUGUGGCUAUCCUAUGAUGCUCUGCAGCAUGAGAUGAUACUAGAUGUGGACUACUACCAAAGCCCAUCUUUUCCAUCGCCAGUAAGCCGCUUGCCAGAGCAGAUAUCAUACUGGACUUCACCGACCUGUGGGUUCAUGCUGAUUCCGGAUCAGAAUGGCCGUAUUCCUAAAGGCAUGUUCCAACAAUAUGACACACUUCGUGUGCUCAAGCUAUCAGCCUGCAUGUUUAGCUGCACAUCUCCUCCGUUCCUCUGCUGCCACAGCCUCAGAUUUCUCUGGCUUGACCACUGCCGAGAAGAAAGCAGCAGCACAGAUGGAGAUGGAGUAGCAGGGAAUGAGGACAUCCCUCGGUGCUUCCAAGGGCUGUGGGUGCUGGACGUGCGCUACUCAAGCUCAAAGUUGUUGUCCAGCAGGAUGAUAGAUUUCAUGGCUCAACUCAGGGAGCUACAUGUGAUGGGACAACAGUUUGACAUGGGCGUGUUGAAGGGGCGGCUGCAAAACAUUCGAAAGCUCCGAGUAACAAAGUCUCAUGCCACAGCUAGCUACUACACAGACAUGGGAGGCUUGUUCUCGGGGAAGGAUAAGAUGGAGCUUCUUGACUUCUCAGCAAAUAGUGGUCACAUGACGAGCUUCCCUGCGGUAAGCAGCUGCAACAGCCUUGAGACCGUUAUCAUUAACGGGUCUACAUCUUUAAAAGAGGUAUCCCUGAAAGGGUGUGCCACACUGAAGAAUCUACUCUUGAGUGGGUUGUUCCAGCAGCUCUACAGCCUAGACAUCACUGGCACUGCAGUGAAAACACUGGAUCUAAGUGCAGUGGAGGCCCCAAUGCUCGAUCAGCUCUUCCUACUUGGUUGUGGGAAGCUUUAUGCAAUCCUAUGGCCACCUGAAGGCAAGAGGAAAAGAUACAUGGGCAAGCUACGCAUGGACACCACCCAAAAGGAGGGCAGCAAUACUACUGCCACUAAAACAGCAGCUAUGAGCGGAGGUGGAUCACCGGUUGAAUUUGAUUGGUAUAUUUCUGUGAGGGAAGCGAGGAUCCUUGGGUCACUUGUGCCCGUCAAAGAUUAUUUUGGUCCCAAUGAUGCGCAUGUGGUGAUUUCAACAACCCCAUCCCAUACUCACCGUCUCCGUGCUGAUGCCGCCGGUGGUAACAAAGGUAACAGAAUGAAGGGUAAAGACCAUAAUUCAAUAUAUGCAGAUGUCGCCACCACCCUUAAGGAGGACACCAUCAUGGAUUUACAGGCCGAUGGAGGAGAUUGUGAAGCUUGGGCGACCAUGUGUGCAUGUCCUCCUCCCCCAAUCCGAACCCAUACUGCACCAUCCAUUCAAACCAAAGCUACAUCCCAGGACUGCUAUAUGCGCAUAGAAGACAAGAUGAUGAGAACCGCACUACAAGCUGGAAACCAUAUUACUGUACCAGGAUUUAUAUGUGAUGCUGCUAAGAUCCUGCAUGUGCAGCAUAGCUUGUCCAUCACCAGUAUCUUUGCAGCUCCGUUAGGAUCAAGUUGGAAUAAACUGGAGUGGUGUCGAGUCGAGCGGUGCCCCGAGUUGGAGUGUGUCUUUAGUCCUCAAGUAGGUGCAGUACCAGAUGGAAGUAGCAGUCACAUGGACAUAUUCAAGAAGCUCAAGAUAAUCUGGGCGUCACAUCUCCGCAACACACGCUGUGUCCUGGAGCGUCCUAGCUUAGAAGGACCCAGGUAUAGAGCAUUUGCAGACCUGACAUUAUUGCACCUUUACCGCUGCCCCAGGCUGCUAUAUGCUGUACCCUUGCAACUCAAAACGAUGUCCUUGGAAAAUUUGGAGACCCUCGAGAUCAUGUGGUGUGGCGAUCUCAGUGUGGUCUUUCACUUGUAUGAGGAAACCAGCGACCGUGGGAUGUACCAAUGUAGCUGGAAUUUUCCCAACCUGAAGGUCAUUCACCUGCAUGAGCUUCCAAGGCUGCGGGGCAUCUUCAAUGUCCCCUGGUAUGUCAUGAAUGCCCCAAAGUUUGAGACUGUCAGGAUCAGGGGCUGCUGGAGCCUCUGGACGUUACCACCUUUCUGUAGGAUGGUGAAGUGCGACUGCGAGAAGGAGUGGUGGGAUAGGAUGAAGGAAAGUCGUCGCAAGGUGCUGACGCACUACCACAAGCCGACCCACUCACGGUAUUACAAGAAGACCAUGCUGAGGGGAUCCCUCCUCAGGUAA